GUGUCUCCACCAGGCUCUCGGGUUUGUCUUCCUAUCUCUACACGGUUGCAAAAACCCAUUAGCUAAACCUCAGCCAAAAUGGAGGCCAUCAAAAAGAAGAUGCUCAUGCUAAAGUUAGACAAGGAGAAUGCACUGGACCAGGCUGAACAAGCUGAAGCAGACAAGAAAGCAGCCGAAGACAGAAGCAAGCAGCAUGAAGACGAACUUCUGCAAAUGCAAAAGAAGCUGAAGGGGACGGAGGAUGAGCUUGAUAAAUACUCGGAGGCCCUGAAGGAUGCUCAGGAGAAGCUUGAGGUGGCCGACAAGAAGGCUGCUGAUGCUGAAGCUGAAGUGGCUUCCCUGAACAGACGUAUCCAGCUGGUGGAGGAGGAGUUGGACCGAGCUCAGGAGAGACUGGCAACGGCUCUGCAGAAGUUGGAGGAUGCAGAGAAGGCUGCUGAUGAGAGCGAGAGAGGUAUGAAGGUGAUUGAGAACAGGGCUCAGAAGGAUGAAGAGAAGAUGGAGCUUCAGGAGAUUCAGCUGAAGGAGGCCAAACACAUUGCAGAGGAGGCUGACCGCAAGUAUGAGGAGGUGGCUCGUAAGCUGGUGAUUGUAGAAGGAGAGCUGGAGCGAACCGAGGAGAGGGCAGAGCUGGCUGAGGCUAAAUGUGCUGAGCUGGAGGAGGAACUGAAGAACGUCACCAAUAACUUGAAGUCUCUGGAGGCCCAGGCUGAGAAGUACUCUCAAAAGGAGGACAAGUAUGAGGAAGAGAUCAAGAUCUUGACCGACAAGCUGAAAGAGGCUGAGACCCGGGCUGAGUUUGCUGAGAGAUCUGUGGCCAAGCUGGAGAAGACCAUUGAUGAUCUGGAAGAUGAGCUUUAUGCACAGAAACUCAAGUACAAAGCCAUCAGCGAGGAACUGGACCACGCCCUUAAUGACAUGACAUCUAUCUAAAAAUCCAGAAGCUCCACCAUCCUGCCAAGUUGAGGUUUCAAGACCCCACCACCACCACCAAUUCCGUCUCAUCGAUCUUUUUUCUAAUUUCUCAACUAUUGCGUUGUGUGUGUGCCGGUUGUACUUUGUUUUUAGCACUUUCUUUAUGAAAGUUGAACUUGCUCCUCUUCAAUUGUUCUCUUGUCUCUGUCUAAUCGGAUUUCACUUUUCAUGUAUUCCUUCUGUAUCAACUCUGUUAUCAACCAGAGUUAAUCAAGUGAGGGAAGACAGCUUGAGUUAAGGAAUCUGUGUCCAUGGCUGUUCUUGUUACAUACUGUUUGCAUAAGCAUAUCAAAAAUCGUGGACACAAAAACCUCAAACGCCUCACUAAACUUUAUUUGUUAAUGGUCACAAACAUACAAAUAGAUGCAAAUUGACCUCUGCAUGUAACCCAUCCUAAGCAUUAGAAGUAGUGGGGUGCUGUACAACUCAGUGUCUCGCUCAAGGACACUUGGACAUGUAGACAGGAGGAGCCGAGGAUUGAGUGAAGCCAGGAUGGUUAGGUACACUGCAAUAUCGAGCAACAUCUGACACUACACUUAACACUGUGUCUCCGGCACAGGCUCUUCUGUAGGCCUCACUAGAUCAAUGUGCUGGGGAUUAAACCCUAAAUGUUUUGAGUAUAGCCCCGAAUAGAAUUUGAAAUGAUUUAAAGCUCAAAAAAAAAUGCAGUGGGGGGGUCUGACGGUCAUCGGCACUGAGUGACUCAUUGCAGGAAAAAUAGAGGAGACAUGGUAGCUACAGUUUCAGGUGGGAAAAAAAUAAGGAAAGGCAAGAUGAUAACCUAUGUAGUAUGAUUUAUAAUAUGAAAUACAUCAUAGGAGUUGUACUUUAUUCUACAAAGCUCACGUUGCAAAACAUCAUUUUGGUUACAGUGUGGCUCCUAUACAAACUACAACACUAAAUGACUCUCUUUACGAUAAAUUAAAACUCUGAACGCUUCUUAAAGUCACUGUGGAGAGAAAGACGGACAGAAAGCCACAGACGGACAGUACCAGGUGAUGGACAUGGUGUUGCACGCACUACACUACAUGAACUGUAUCUGAAAAGUAUGUGUGCAUGAAUGAAAAAAAACCUUUUUGAUAUUUCAA